AUGGCUCCUGCAACACAAGUCGAGCUGUCGCCGCCGCCUGGCGACGCAGUCUCUGCCGUCAUCUUUGCGCCAGAGACGAGCAGUAAGCUGCUUGUAUCUUCAUGGGAUAAGAAAGUCUACCUUUACGACCUGAGCAGUGGUGCGAGUGACGCGAAACUGGCCAAUACAUACGAACACAGAGCGCCUGUACUAGAUGUAUGCUUUGGCGCAAGUGACGAAGAGGCCUACACGGCAGGCAUGGACUGUGCCGUCAAUAGAAUCAACCUUGAGACCGGCGAAAAGGUCCUCGUCAGCAAGCACGCCGCUCCCGUCCGCAACGUCCGCUACAGCGCCAAGCAUGGCAUCCUCAUCUCCGCCUCCUGGGACUGCAGCCUGACCCUGCAUGAUAUCGAGAAUCCAUCCAGCACGCCGCUCCGAGUCUCCCUACCCGGAAAGCCGCAGGCCGUCGCCAUCAGCCCGUCCAAGGUCGUCGUCGCCAUGACCGGUCGCAUCAUCAACAUCUACGACCUCGACGACAUAAAGGCGCUGAUCGCCCAGGGCGGCAGCGGCGACGACCUCAAGCCCUGGCAGCAGCGCGAGUCCUCCCUGCGGUACCUGACGCGCGCCCUCGCGUGCAUGCCCAACGAUGCGGGCUACGCCACGAGCAGCAUCGAGGGCCGCGUCGCGGUCGAGUGGUUCGAGGACACGGCCGAGUCGCAGGCACGCAAGUACGCCUUCAAGUGCCACCGACAGCCCGCGCCGGACGGCGACGGCGACAUCGUCUACCCAGUCAACGCUCUCGCCUUCCACAGCGUCCACGGCACUUUCGCCUCGGGCGGCGGCGACGGCACCGUCGCGCUCUGGGACGCAGAGGCCAAGCGCAGGUUAAAGCAGUACCAAAAGUCGCCCAACAGCGUCGCGGCGCUAGCCUUCUCCAACAAUGGCAAGUACCUGGCCAUUGGCGUGUGCCCGGGCUUCGAGACGGGCCAGCAAGACUACAGUGGUGAGGGCCAGACGGUGGUCAUCAUCCGCGAGCUGGGAGAGAAUGAGGCCAAGGGCAAGGGGUCCAAAUAG